AUGUCUACAUCAUCAAUUUGUCACAUUGUUCCAGAAGUGUGCAAAGCCAUGAUUGAUUGUUUACAAGAUUGUGUACAGAUGCCCAAGAAUCAAGAGGAAUGGUUACAAAUUGUUGAAGGUUUUGAAAAGCGAUGGAAUUUUCCGCAUUGCUUAGGAUCUAUUGACGGAAAACACUGUAUUUUGCAAGCUCCAGCCAACAGUGGAAGUGACUACUUCAAUUAUAAGUCGACUUUUAGUAUUGUGUUACUUGCACUUGUGGAUUAUGAUUACAAUUUUUUAUUCGCUGAUGUAGGCUGUCAAGGCCGCAUCUCAGAUGGAGGAGUGUUUCCUCAUACAUCUUUUUGUAAAAAAUUGUAUGCAGGAACUCUAAAAUUACCGGAAGAAUCUAUUUUACCUGGAAGGACAGAAAACGUGCCUUAUGUGUUUGUAGCAGACGAUGCAUUUGCACUACAUAAGCACAUUUUAAAACCAUAUGGUGGAACACACGAAAACAACUCACCUAAACGAACCUUUAAUUAUAGGCUAUCAAGGGCACGGAGAGUUGUGGAAAAUGCAUUUGGCAUCCUCUCUUCUGUCUAGAGUAGUAGAGUUCUCAGAAAACCGAUACUUUUGAAAGAAGACAACGCGGCAUUGGUGGUUUUAAGUUGUGUAUACCUACACAAUUUUUUGAGAAGGAGCAAAACAUCGCGAAAUAUAUACGCUCCACCAGGAAGUUUUGAUAUCGAACCUAAUACGCGGGUAAAUAACGGCAACUGCAGAGAAAACGAAAAAGCAACAUCAUUAAUUCCAUUAAAAAAUAUACCUCGAAAAUCUUCAGCAAAUGCGGAAAAAGUUAGGCAUGAGUUUAUGGAGUAUUUUGUAACAUCCGGACAAUCUUCAUGGCAAACAAAUUACUCAUAAAUAUGUAUUUAAGCAUAAAAACGUUACUAAAAUCUGAAUAUGCGUAUUAUUUCACUCACCUCCUCGGUAUUUAAUGUAGAUUUUGGUGUAAAUUUGUCUCUCGAAAAAUCCAGAGACUUAAAUGCAAACCAUGUUGAGUAGUACUGUUCUCCAGCUCCACUUCCUGAUGUUUUGGUUGUACUUUCCUUUUGUCUCUCUCUUCGAAAUGAGGCAAGCAGAGAGUUUAUUUUCUUUUUCACUUCUAUGGUGUUGCAAUUCAUUUCUGUUGC